AGGGGAUUUCGAGCACAACACGACACAGACACAGCCGCCAAGCCUUUCAAUUCAUCAACCGGCGGACGGAAACCGGUCGCCUCCGCCCCACGCCACGACCCCCGCAGUCCCGCACCCAGAAGCAAAACCCCCAUCCCCCCGGCGGCGAGGCCUCGCCGCGACGACGCGGGCGGGGGGAGAUAGGCGGCGGCGAUGGGGAAUAAGAUCGCGCGGACGACGCAGGCGUCGGCGACGGAGUACUACCUCCACGACCUGCCCUCCACCUACAACCUCGUGCUCCUCGACGUCGUCAGCCGCGGCCGCUUCCUCAAGUCCGUCCUCUGCAAGCACGACGAGGGCCUGCUCCUCGUCAAGGUCUACUUCAAGCGCGCCGGCGAGCCCCUCGACCUCAAGGAGCAUGAGCGGAGGCUGGAGCGGAUCAGGAACGCGUUCCAAGGGCUGGAGGGAUCCCACGUGUGGCCCUUCCAGGUGUGGUUUCAAACGGAUAAGGCAGCAUAUCUCCUGAGGCAGUACUUCUACAGCAACCUGCAUGAUAGACUUAGUACUCGUCCUUUCCUUAGUCAAAUUGAGAAGAAAUGGCUUGCUUUUCAGUUAAUCCAUGCUGUGGAGCAGAGCCAUAGUAAGGGAGUUUGCCAUGGUGACAUAAAAUGUGAGAAUGUACUCGUUACCUCAUGGAACUGGCUAUACCUUGCGGACUUUGCAUCUUUCAAACCAACUUACAUACCGGAUAAUGAUCCGUCUGAUUUCUCAUUCUUCUUCGACACUGGAGGAAGACGAAGAUGCUAUCUAGCACCUGAAAGAUUCCACGAGCAUGGUGGUGAGUCCCAAGUUUCAGCAGAUGCACCUUUGCAACCAUCUAUGGAUAUAUUUUCUGUGGGGUGUGUGCUUGCUGAACUUUUCCUGGAGGGUCAGCCGCUCUUUGAGCUUUCACAACUUCUUGCAUAUAGGCGUGGGCAGUAUGACCCUCUGCAUACCCUUGAAAAGAUACAAGAUGCUGAUAUCCAAGACAUGGUACUUCACAUGAUUCAGUUAGACCCAAAAGAAAGGCUAUCAUGUAAAAGCUAUUUGCAAAAAUACGAAACUGUUGUUUUCCCGACCUAUUUUUCAAGAUUUCUGCACAAGUUUUUUUCGGAUAUUGUUCCGCUUGACUCAGAUGCCAGGGUCGAGAAAACACAGGAAAACUUUGAAAGGAUACAUGACAUGAUGAUAAGUGGCUCAACAAGUGAACACAUUCAAGUAUCUGAAAAGAAAGGCAUUGGAGGACAAGUAAUAAACUCACCAAGGGAAUCUUCAAAAGGCACCUCUUCAGUUAAGAAAAAUAUUCCUAGAGACCAUCGACAGAUAGUUGGAGAUCUCAAUUCCCUUCUCAAGGAAGUGGAGCAAAGGAACAACCAUGCAGAUUCAAAGGCCAUGAAAUACACAGACAGUUAUGCCGCUUCAAAUGUUUCACGGGCAAAUGGUAUCGAGCCGUCGCCACAAGUUAAUGAAACACGGAUCCAAACUGCAAGAGUUCUGGCAGGCCAGAACAAUGAUGUAUCCCAUGUGCACAAGAUCUCAAAGAGUAACUUGCCUGCUUUAGUGUCUACUUAUGAUGUCCAGUCAGAUACCUAUAGCUUUGACAUUUUUCAACAGAUACAUACCAAGGUGAGCUGUGAAGGCAUGGUCUUGCUCGCCUCAUUGCUCUGCUCAUGCAUAAGAAGUGUCAAAAAACCAGAACUGAGAAGGGCUAGUCUUAUUCUUCUGAAGAUUUCUUCUACAUACAUAGAUGACGAUAGUCGCUUACAGCUGGUUAUUCCUUAUGUUAUUGCAAUGCUUUCAGAUCCAGCUGCCAUAGUUCGCUGUGCUGCUUUGGAGACCUUGUCUGAUGUUCUCUGUCUUGUUCAAGACUUUCCUAUCAGCGAUGCAAUGAUAUUCCCUGAGUACAUCCUCCCAAUGCUCUCUUUGCUCCCAGAUGAUACAGAGGAGAGUGUUAGAGUUUGCUAUGCUAGUAACAUUUACAAGCUGGCUUUAACAGCUUAUAGAUUCCUGCUUCAUUCUCGGAGCAUAGCUGAUACUGGCCCUCUAGACAAAUCAAUGGUAGCUGCUGUAUCACAGUCUGCAGAAUCACCAGCAAAGAAGCAGCAAGAUAAAAUCCAUCGUCAGCUUGCACGUCUGAGGAGAUGUAUUUAUGACAUAGUGCAAGAGUUGGUAAUGGGACCAAAGCAGACACCUAAUGUCCGCAGAGCUCUAUUGCAAGAUAUAGGUUAUCUAUGUUACUUUUUUGGACACAGACAAAGUAAUGAUUUUCUUCUUCCUAUACUUCCAGCAUUUCUAAAUGACCACGACGAGCAGCUCCGUGCAGUUUACUUUGGUCAGAUUGUCGUUGUUUGCUACUUUAUUGGUCCAAGAAGUGUCGAGGAAUAUCUCUUGCCCUAUCUUGAACAGGCACUAAGUGAUGAUAUGGAGGCUGUGGUUGUAAACGUACUUGAUUGCUUGACCAUGAUGUGCGGAAGUGGCUAUUUGAGGAAAAGGAUAAUCGUUGGCUUAUUUGGGAAGGCCCUUCCCCUGCUAUGCCAUCCAAUCCAAUGGGUUAAACGGUCAGCUGUAAGGCUUAUUGCUGCUUGUAGUGAGAGCUUAGGGCCUGUCGAUACUUAUGUGUACCUUUCUCCGCAUCUAAGGCAGUUUCUGCACAGGGAGCCCCCUUCAAUAUCUGAAGCUGCUCUUCUUGCAUGCCUUAAGCCCCCAGUUUCAAAAUCAGUAUUAUAUCAAGCGUUAGAGGUUGCCAAGGACACAGGAGAUGUUGUACUGAAGGGUGGUGGUAAAAAGGAACAGACAGUACAUGGUGGAAGAUAUCCUGCUACAGCACAAAGUGGGUCCUUGGCCGCUCUUGAAGAUGCUGCAAGGUUGAGAUCGUCUAAUUUAUCCAGCAACGUGUCUUUAGACAUCAAAGAUUCAAUAUCUUCUGAUAAAUCGCUAUAUUAUGGCUAUGCACAACAUGCAUCUGCUGGCAAUAGUUCAUUUUAUGAUGGCUUGUCUAAAGGCAUACCAUCAUAUUCUGUUUGUACUGAUAAGCGUGGUUUAGGAGAAAUAUUCAUGCCCUGGGAAUCCAAUCGGCAUCCAGGUCUAUCAACUUCAGUUCAAGGCCUGCAGACUAGAGAGAAUCAUUUCAGUAGCAAGCACAUCAGUGAGUCGAUGAAGAGCAGCUCCUCCGUGCCGGGUGAUAGUGUUUCCAACCCUGAGACUGCAGGAACACCCUCCUUCAUCAGAUCAGCAGUGGUUCUGGAGACAGGCUGGAAGCCUCGUGGUGUUCUAGUGGCACAUCUCCAGGAGCAUCGCAUGUCUGUCAAUGAUAUUGCCGUCUCGGACGACAAUGCCUUUUUUGUGACUGCUUCAGAUGACUCAAGUAUCAAGAUAUGGGAUACAAGAAAGUUGGAAAAAGACAUUGCCUUCAGAUCUAGGUUAACCUACAGCCUGGGUAGUAGCCGAGCUCUGUGUACAACAAUGCUUUAUGGUAGUUCACAGGUUAUUGUUGGCGAUAGCGAUGGCACAUUGCACUUGUUUUCUGUUGACUGUGCGCGUGGUGUUGGGAGCAUUACGGAUAGGUAUUCUGGCCUUGUUAAUGUGAACAGGAAGGAUUUGAAAGAAGGUGCAAUUCUCAGUGUUAUAAAUUGUUCAUCAGAUAGCUUUAGCCCAACCAUCCUUUUCAGCACUGAACACUGUGACAUCCAUAAGUGGGACACGAGGACCAAUUCAGAAUCUUGGUCAUUUAAAUCCUCACCAGAGGAGGGUUAUAUAUCAGCACUUGUGGUUGGCCAGUGCGGAAAUUGGUUCAUCUCAGGGUCUUCAAGAGGCGUUCUUACAUUGUGGGACCAUAGGUUUUUGCUGCCUGUUAACUCUUGGAACUAUUCGACAGUAAGCCCUAUAGAGAGACUGUGCUUGCUUAUACCGCCACAAAACUCAAUAUCUUCUGCUGGCAGACCACUGGUUUUUGUUGCCGCAGGCUGCAACGAAGUUUCCCUAUGGAAUGCUGAGAAUGGAAGCUGCCACCAGAUGUUUAGGACAGCGAGCACAGAGAAUGAAGCUGGUAUGCCAAAGACACCAUUAAGACCUAUUAACAAGACAGUCACCAAAGAUGUGAGGCGAGCAGGAAGCUACAAAUACAGAAUUGAGGAAUUGGCUGAUCCACAUCCACGCCUUCCAGGCAUCCGCUGCUUGCUUCCUUUGCCUGGGGGAGACCUAUUGACUGGAGGGACAGAUUUGAAGAUACGCUACUGGGACCAGGCCAGGCCUGAGCAAAGUUUUUGCGUUGCCGGUCCCUCAGCUAAAGGAGUUGGAAAUGACGAGUGUUAUGAUAUAAAAUCCAGUUUUGGAGUACAAGUUGUCCAGGAAACGUGCAAACCGCCUACGUCGGCAUCCAGGUUGACGCACAAAACACAGCUUGCCAUGGCCGCCGCGGAUUCUGCAGGCUGCCAUCGGGAUGCGAUCCUCGCAUUGGCAUCCGUCAACUUGUCAAACCAGAGGUUGAUAUCGGCCAGCAGAGACGGUGCCGUCAAAGUGUGGAAAUAGCUAUUCCAGCUCGGGUAAGCCAUCCCAAGAUGAUCAGCAGAGCCCCCUUGGUGUACAUAUUUAGCCUCCUGACACAGUACAUAUAUCUCGACUCACUGAUGUACAUACGACGAUGUCAAUCAAAUACAACACAAAAAUUACCAUGUAUCCCUAGUCAUUUGGAUUAGCAUAACCAAUUGUUUAUCUGUUGUCUACAGUAUAUGUUAUGCAAAUCGGCCUCUCUUUUUGUUCA